AUGGGCACAGGAAGAGCCAUCGCACUGACCUUUGACCUUUGCUUCUUUGCAGAUAUCUCGGUGAGCCUGCUGACCCUCAUGGUCACUGCUUGUGGCCUCGCGCUUUUUGGCGUGUCUCUCUUCGUGUCUUGGAAACUCUGCUGGGUUCCGUGGCGAGAACGAGGCCUGCUGUCUGGUAGCAAAGACAACAAUCGGGAACCUCUUAACUACACGGACACAGAGACCAAUGAGCAGGAGAACAGUGAGGGCUUCCUAGACCCUCCCACCCCCUGCCCUGACUCCUCCAUGAAGAUCAGCCACACCUCCCCUGACAUUCCCCUCUCGACCCAGGCCGGGGGCCAGGAGAACUGUGCCCAUGGCGUCCGUGUGCAGCGCCAAGUCACAGCGCCAAGCUCGUCGGCCCGGCAUAAUUCAAUCCGAAGACAACUCAACCUGUCAAACCCGGACUUCAAUAUCCAGCAGCUUCAAAAACAGGAACAGUUGACUGGAAUUGGUCGAAUUAAACCAGAGUUAUAUAAGCAGCGGUCACUGGAUAAUGAUGAUGGGACAAGGGGUAAUAGCAAAGCCUGUGGGAAACUGAAUUUCAUUUUAAAAUAUGACUGUGACUUAGAGCAGCUCAUAGUGAAGAUUCACAAAGCUGUCAAUUUGCCUGCCAAGGACUUUUCUGGGACUUCAGAUCCUUAUGUCAAGAUCUAUUUGCUUCCUGAUCGGAAAACCAAACACCAGACUAAAGUUCACAGAAAGACCCUGAACCCUGUGUUUGAUGAAGUGUUUUUGUUUCCAGUACCCUACAAUGACCUUGCAGCCCGGAAGCUUCACUUCUCUGUGUAUGACUUUGACAGGUUCUCUCGCCAUGACCUAAUUGGCCAAGUGGUGGUGGAUCACUUCUUAGACUUGGCUGAUUUCCCCAGGGAGUGCAUCCUUUGGAAGGAUAUCGAAUAUGUCACCAACAUGUGUAUUGGCACUCCUGAAAGACAAGGAAGAUGGACCCUCUUAGGUAAUAUGCUCAAGCCAGAAAACUUGAGUAAAAGCAGGAUAGAUAAUCCUGAGUACAGAGCCACUCACGAACCCUCUGUCCAGAGACAGCCACUGUUUGAAGUUUGGAUGUGUCUUUCCCAUGUGAUCUCUGUCCUUGGCUCUUCGUUGGCCAUUUUGGACAAUGUGGAUCUUGGAGAGUUGAUGUUUUCCCUCUGCUAUCUUCCAACUGCUGGCAGGCUGACCAUUACCAUUAUAAAAGCAAGGAAUUUAAAGGCAAUGGACAUAACAGGAGCAUCAGAUCCCUAUGUAAAAGUGUCGCUGAUGUGUGAUGGCAGACGACUGAAGAAGAGGAAAACAUCCACCAAGAGGAACACUCUGAACCCUGUUUACAACGAAGCCAUAGUCUUUGAUGUCCCUCCCGAGAACAUUGACCAAAUCCACUUGUCCAUAGCUGUCAUGGACUACGACCGUGUAGGUCAUAAUGAGAUCAUCGGCGUGUGUCAAGUAGGCAACAAAGCUGAGAGGCUGGGCAGAGACCACUGGAGUGAAAUGCUGUCGUAUCCUCGGAAGCCCAUCGCACACUGGCAUUCCCUGGUGGAGGACGCUGGGCUUCAUUGGACUUCUGUCGGCAAUGUUCUCCUGUCCUGGUGCCUCCAAGUGUCCCCAAAUAUUCACAUGAAUAAUAGGACUUUUGCCUCAAUGCCCAGCGAUCCCCAAAGAGCAAACCUCCCUCUCCUGGGCAUCUGCCAUCAGCUCUGCUGCCCUUGCUGCCCUCCCCUGGCCAUCGGCGUCAGUGCAGUUAGAGUCCUGCACAGCAACGAUCAGGGUGUGGACAGCACUGGAGUGACGGUCAGGGCCGGGAGUGCAAAGCAGUUGUGA